AUGGGGCCUGAAGUUCCUGUAACUCAGAUUAACUUGCAUCAUAGCAAGUGUGCCUCGGCGAUCUUAGCCAGGAGCAUGGCUGCGAUGCAAACAGAUAUCGCACUAAUUCAGGAGCCUUGGCUCCUGAAAGAUGCUAUCAAAGGUUUGAGUAGUUGUGGUAAAAUUUGCUACACUCACUCAAACUGCAAAACCAGAACUUAUAUUGCCGUCAAGGGUCUAAAUGUAACUUUUAUGCCACAGCUUAGCUGCGAGGACCUGACGGUAGUUCAGAUAAGACUUGAUUUCUCGAUGGAGGUAUCCUUGGACGUUCUAGUGGGCUCAGCUUAUAUGCCCUACGAUUCCGAGGACCUACCAUUUCAGGACGAAGUUAAGAACCUGAUUGCAUAUGCGGAGAAACGUGGGCUCGAACUUCUACUUGGUUGCAAUGCUAACUCUCACCACGCGUUGGGUGAGGGAGUUUGGGCGUCAACUCCAGGGGAGAGGGCCUACACGAUUCAUUAUGAGCACCAACCUCAUGAUUCUCAACAGAGGUACAGAAUUUACCAGGACUCCAGAAGACAGAAGGUAAUAGACAUCACGCUGUGUAUGGAGAGAGUGGCUGGUUUGGUGACGAACUGGAUAGUCUCAAAUGAACCUUCAGGAUCCGACCACAGAUUUGCCUAUCUCUCCGUCACUUACCGGUACAUAAAUGAACGAGACAUCCGAGGAGAACCAAUUGGGAAGGCUUGA